UCUUGUUUUUACCAUGGAGGCUUUUUCUACAUAGCUUAGGAUAUUGGGAUGGAUGAUACCAAGUAGUGCACUGCCACUACCAGAAGAACCAAGUUUUUUACAGAUUCUCAAUCAUCACAUAGGAGCCACGGUGGCUUUAUUUGCUGAUCAUCAGUUCUUGUGGUGCUAAGUCUGAUAAUAGUUUUGAAUGUCGCACGAGCUAGUGCUAAGAGCAAGGUUCAUAUAGUGUAUCUGGGGGAGAAGCAACAUGAUGAUCCUAAAUUUGUCACAGAAUCUCAUCACCAGAUGUUGUCUUCACUUCUUGGAAGUAAAGAUGAUGCCCAUGAGUCAAUGGUGUAUAGUUAUCGACAUGGAUUCUCAGGCUUUGCGGCCAAACUCACCAAGUCACAAGCCAAGAAAAUCGCUGAUUCUCCUGAAGUUAUCCAUGUCAUACCGGAUAGUUACUAUGAACUUGCAACAACGCGGAUUUGGGACUACUUAGGUCCUUCUGCUGAUAAUUCGAAGAAUCUCGUAAGUGAUACAAACAUGGGUGAUCAAACUAUCAUUGGUGUUAUUGACACAGGAGUGUGGCCAGAGUCUGAAUCAUUUAACGACUAUGGGGUUGGACCAGUACCGAGCCAUUGGAAAGGAGGUUGUGAACCCGGUGAAAACUUCAUAUCAACAAAUUGCAACAGGAAGUUGAUAGGAGCCAAGUACUUUAUCAACGGUUUUCUUGCUGAAAACCAAUUCAACGCCACAGAAUCCCCUGACUAUAUAUCCGCUAGAGACUUUGACGGCCAUGGCACGCAUGUCGCCUCCAUUGCGGGUGGUUCAUUUGUUCCUAAUGUAAGCUACAAAGGCCUUGGUAGAGGAACCUUGAGAGGUGGUGCACCUCGUGCUCGCAUAGCAAUGUACAAGGCUUGUUGGUAUAUAAACGAGCUAGACGGAGUGACAUGUUCAUUUUCUGACAUCAUGAAAGCAAUUGACGAAGCUAUUCAUGAUGGUGUUGACGUUUUGUCAAUCUCUCUCGGUGGUCGAGUUCCUCUGAAUUCUGAAACCGAUCUACGUGAUGGGAUUGCUACCGGAGCAUUCCAUGCAGUCGCAAAGGGCAUUGUAGUUGUUUGUGCUGGUGGUAAUGCUGGCCCAUCAUCUCAGACUGUGGUAAACACGGCUCCUUGGAUCUUAACAGUGGCUGCAACCACUCUAGACCGGUCCUUUGCCACACCUAUUAUACUUGGGAACAAUCAAGUGAUAUUGGGUCAAGCAAUGUACAUAGGUCCGGAGCUUGGCUUCACUAGUUUGGUUUACCCAGAGGAUCCAGGGAACAGUAUUGACACCUUUAGCGGUGUCUGUGAGUCCCUUAAUCUCAACUCUAACCGUACAAUGGCCGGGAAAGUUGUAUUGUGUUUCACAACAGCAAGAGAUUUCACUGUUGUAUCCACAGCUGCGUCUAUUGUGAAGGCAGCCGGUGGUCUUGGCCUGAUCAUUGCAAGAAACCCGGGGUAUAAUCUCGCUCCAUGUAGUGAUGAUUUUCCUUGUGUAGCCAUUGACAAUGAGCUUGGGACCGAUAUACUUUUCUACAUACGUUAUACUGGAUCACCUGUUGUGAAGAUACAACCUUCUAGAACACUCGUCGGAGAACCUGUUGGGACAAAGGUAGCAACUUUCUCAUCAAGAGGGCCUAACUCGAUUUCCCCAGCGAUUCUGAAACCUGAUAUAGCAGCACCCGGUGUGAGCAUUUUAGCUGCUACAUCUCCCAAUGACACCCUCAAUGCCGGUGGAUUUGUUAUGCGUUCAGGAACAUCAAUGGCGGCUCCAGUUAUUUCAGGAGUUAUUGCACUUCUCAAGUCUUUGCAUCCUGAUUGGUCUCCUGCUGCUUUUAGAUCAGCCAUUGUCACUACAGCUUGGAGAACAGAUCCAUUCGGAGAGCAGAUAGCUGCGGAAAGUUCAUCCCUCAAAGUACCUGAUCCGUUUGAUUAUGGUGGAGGCCUCGUGAACCCAGAGAAAGCUGCAGAACCAGGUCUCAUACUCGACAUGGACUCACAAGACUAUGUUCUCUACCUGUGUUCCGCUGGUUACAACGACUCAUCAAUCUCUCGGCUUGUCGGUAAAGUAACAGUCUGUUCAAACCCCAAACCUUCUGUCCUGGAUAUCAACUUACCUUCAAUCACCAUCCCAAACCUCAAAGACGAAGUCACUCUCACCAGAACCGUCACUAACGUUGGACCAGUCGACUCGGUCUACAAGGUCUUGGUUGAGCCUCCGCUUGGGAUUCAAGUGGUUGUUACACCAGAGACACUAGUGUUUAACUCCAAAACCAAAAGUGUCUCCUUCACGGUUAUUGUCUCGACCACACACAAAAUAAACACUGGAUUCUACUUUGGUAGCUUGACUUGGACUGAUUCUAUCCAUAAUGUGGUCAUUCCUGUUUCCGUGAGAACGCAGAUUCUGCAAAACUAUUACGAUGAGAACUGAAUGAUUCGUAAUAGUUAUUUAUUACCCCCAAACAUUUGUUUCUUACACUUCAGCCUCGUUUAAUAAACCACUAAUCUCUGUGUUGACAAUGAACUAGAAUUUAGUUGACCAUGUAUGUAGUGAGUGUAAAACAUUCUUUAGUUUCUGAGUGAUCCAAUUCC